GUUUGCCUGGGUUAAGAGGGUUUGAGAUGAGGGGCACACUGAGAGAGGAGAGGGCAGGGCCCUCAUGCCUACAUCCAAAAGCCAGCUGAUGACGUUAGAGCAAAGAAAAAAUAGGUGAGACAGCUUGAGCAUUGAGAGAGAGAGGGCAGGAGAGGGGAGAGGGAAAGCUAGGACAGGAGGCGUGGACGCAGGCAGCAUCCAGGGCCAGACUCUGCUGGGCUCUCCUGAGCCAUCAAAUCCUCCAGGCAGCCAGUGCCCACGGUUCCUGAGAGCUGCCCAGGAUGGGCACCAGGGUGGGGGUCAUACCCCCUCCUAUGUGGGGGCUGCUGGGCUGCUGUUUCCUUUGUGUCUGGGCUCUGGAGGGUCCACAGCCCCUCCGCUCUCUGCCCCUGCUGUCCUCCCAAGCUCAGCCAGAAUCUGUGCCCAAGUGGGUGCCUUCAGAGGGGGCAGAGGCAGCCCUGGCUUUUCUCUAUUCUGGAGAUGCCAAACAGCUGUUGGGGGCUAACUGCAGUGAGCGAUAUGAAGCCCUUGGGGCAGGAGCCAAAGCAGGCCUCCCUCCAAUCUUACAGAGGGCAGCAGGCACCCUUGCCCAGGCUGCCAACUUCCUCAACAUGCUGCUGCAAGCCAAUGACAUCCGCGAGUCCAGUGUGGAGGAGGAUGUGGAGUGGUACCAGGCACUGGUUCGCAGCGUGGCCGAGGGAGACCCAAGAGCAUACCGGGCUUUGCUGACCUUUAGCCCCCAACCUGGGGCAAGCCACAUCCAGCUGUCCCUACAGGCCACUCGGCUGCAGGAGGAGACCAUCCUUCAAGACUUGUCUGGAAUCAGGGUGCAGGAGGAGAGCCUGGCUGGAGACCUGGACACCCCUGCCCUGCAGAAGCGGGUGCUGACCAAUGAUCUAGGAAGCCUUGGUAGCCCCAAGUGGCCACGGGGGGAUGGCUAUGUGGGGGACAUGCAGCAUGUGAGGUUGUCUCCUCCCUUCCUGGAAUGCCAGCAGGGCCGGCUCCGUCCUGGCUGGCUUAUCACACUCUCGGCCACCUUCUAUGGACUCAAGCCAGACCUCAGCCCGGAAGUCAGGGGUCAGGUGCAGAUGGACAUGGAUCUUCAGAGUGUGGACAUCAAUCAGUGUGCCAGUGGCCCAGGCUGGUACACUAACACACACCUGUGUGAUCUCAACAGCACCCAGUGUAUCCCCUUGGAGAGUCAGGGCUUUGUUCUUGGCCGUUACCUCUGCCGCUGCCGACCUGGCUUCUACGGGGCAAGCCUCUCUGGGGGGUUAGAGGAAAGUACCACCCAGCCUACUGGGCAAUCCGGAUCUCCACAAGGCAGCUCCAGGAGGCUGCUGCGGUGCCAGCCAUGUCCUGAGGGCUGCGCCAGCUGCAUGGAUGGCACACCGUGCCUGGUGGAGGCGGCCCUGACGCUGCGGGCAGCAGUGCUGGCCUGCCAGGCCUGCUGCAUGCUGGCCGUCUUCCUGAGCAUGCUGGUCUCCUACCGCUGCCGCCGGAACAAGAGGAUCCGGACAUCUGGGGUUAUCCUGCUGGAAACCAUCCUUUUUGGAUCUCUACUGCUCUACUUCCCUGUCUUCAUCCUGUACUUCAAGCCCAGUGCAUUCCGCUGCAUUGCUCUCCGGUGGGUCCGGCUGCUGGGUUUUGUCAUCGUCUAUGGCACCAUUAUACUCAAGCUUUAUAGAGUGCUGCAGCUGUUUCUGUCUCGAACGGCCCAGCGGGGUCCCCACCUGAGCAGCAGGCGGCUGCUGCGGCGCCUGGGGUUGUUUCUGCUCUUUGUGCUGGGCUUCCUGGUGGUGUGGACAGCAGGGGUCCUAGAGCCAGGCAUCCAGCACACGCCCCUUGUGACCCGAGGCUACACUCCCACUGGCCGCCACUUCUACCUCUGUCACCAUGACCGCUGGGACUACAUCAUGGUUGUGGCUGAGAUGCUGCUCCUGUGCUGGGGCAGCUUCCUCUGCUACGCCACCCGGGCUGUGCCCUCGGCCUUCCACGAGCCACGCUACAUGGGCAUCGCCCUGCACAACGAGCUGCUGCUCUCUGCUGCCUUCCACACAGCCAGGUUUGUGCUAGUUCCCUCCCUGCACCCGGACUGGACCCUCCUCCUCUUCUUCUUCCACACCCACAGCACAGUCACUGCCACACUGGCGCUGAUCUUUAUCCCCAAGUUCUGGAAGCCAGGGGCCCCUCCCCGGGAAGAGAUCGUGGACGAGGUGUAUGAGGAUGAGCUGGACCUGCAGCGCUCGGGCUCCUACCUUGACAGCAGCAUCGCCUCAGCCUGGAGCGAGCGCAGCCUGGACCCCGCUGACAUUCGGGAUGAGCUGAAGAAGCUCUAUGCCCAGCUAGAGGUCCACAAGACCAAGGAAAUGGCCUCCAACAACCCCCAUCUGCCCAAGAAGCGGGGCAGCUCGUGCCAGGGGCUGGGCCGCUCCUUCAUGAGAUACCUGGCAGAGUUCCCAGAGGCCCUGACACGGCAGCACUCCCGGGACUUGGGCUCCCUGGGCCAAAGCAGCCUGCCUGGCUCCUCCCGCCGCCGACUCCUUAGCUCCAGCAUCCAGGAACCCGAGGGACCACAGGCCCUCCACAAGUCCCACAGCACCUACGACCACCGCAGGGAGCAGGACCCGCCUCUCCUCGACUCGCUGCUGAGGAGGAAGCUGGCCAAGAAGGUCUCGAAGACUGAGAGCCGGGAGUCAGAGUCAGUGGAGGGACCCCCUGUCCUCGGCUUCAGGUCCGCCAGCGCCCACAACCUGACGGUGGGAGAGAGACUCCCCAGAUCAUGGCCUGCCUCCCUGCAUAAAUCACUCAGUGUAGUGGCUGACUCCAGAGAAAAGGCUCUGCUUGUUGCCAGCCAGGCCUACCUGGAGGAGACCUAUCAGCAGGCGAAGGAGCGAGAGGAGCGAAAGAAGGCAGAGGUGGCUGUAGCAAGCCCAGUGCCGAGGCCAUCGGCCAGGAGGCUGGAGCGAGCCUGGGGUGCCCCACUAUCAGCCCCACCCUCCCCUGCCAAGAGCUGCAGUGUGGGCGGUUCCCAUGACUCUAGGCAGCUUCACGAGGAGGCUGGGAGACGGCUGCCUCGCCCACCCAUCAGGCACCAGAUCUCCACACCCAUCUUGACCCUGUCUGGGGCCUGCCUGGGAGAGCCAAGGAUGCUGUCACCCACCUCUACCUUGGCUCCAACUCUGAUGCCAGCUCCAGCCCUGGCACCAAUCCCUACCCUAGCACCUGUUCCAGUACCCCCUCAAAGCCCCAGCUUGCUUACCUAUAUCUGCCCCUGGGAGAAUGCAGAACUGCCAGUCAGGAAAGAAAAUGCGACCCAAGAAGGCCCCUCAGGGCCAGAGCAAGGCCGCCAAUCCCCUGCCCCUGCUCGGGCCAGGAUCUGGAGGGCCCUCUCGGUUGCAGUAGAGAAAAGGAGGGCUGGGGAGAAUGAAAUGGACACACAGGAUGGGAGUCUCCAGGAGGCAGCUGAGGAUGUGGACGAGGAUAGGCCCAAGACCUUCUCUAAAUCUCACAGCCUCAACGCCCCUGUUCAGCAGGGUUCCAUGCGCAGUCUGGGACUGGCUAUCAAAGCUCUAACCCGUUCUCGGAGCACAUACCGAGAGAAGGAGAGUGGGGAAGAGAGUCCUAAGAGACGGGAGAAGGACAGAGCUUCAGGAGAGGGGUUGGGGGCUUCCCCCAGAUCUCCCAGGAUGGGCCGGCCCAAGGCGGUGAGUAAGCAGGCUGCCCUUGCUCCCUGCGAUGAUGAAGAAUCCUUCCAGAACCAAAAGAAUGCUCACACCAGCAGAAUGCUCCUAGUCUGUCACCAGGAAGGCAGCAGAAAACAAGACACAGGCAGGAGGACAGCCCAGGGCCUGUGGGAUGGCAAAGCUGGUAAAACGGGGCCUGCCACACUGAGACAAGGCAGACAGGGCACAGCUGGGGAAAAAAAUGGUGAGCGAGCAAAAGAAGCCCCUAGGGGGUGGCGGGAAUGCCCUAAGGCUGGCCUCCAGCUCCUGGACAGUGCUGACCACAGGGUGGCGGAGGUAUGCCCCUGGGAAGUAGCCAAAUCAGAAAUGUGUCCACUUGACAGUAGCAACAAGGCUGAAAUCUGCCCCUGGGAGGUGAGUGAAGGAACCUCUGAGAGGGGAGUACUAAGGCAGGAUCUAGAAGAUAGCUCCCAAGAAGAGAGGGGGAAAGCCCCAGAAAAACCAGAGCCCAAAGAUGUGGCUGCCAGUGCUUGGAAAAAGGCAGAGAGGCUGGUAAGGGGGCAGGAGGCAGUGUGUCCCUGGGAGGGUACCGAUCCUGGGGGACUGUCCCCUCAGCCAGCCCCUCAGAACACUAAUAGACCCAAGAGCAGGUCUGACGCGGUGGACAGUGGCGAGGCCAGGGAGGUGGCUAUGUGUCCAGGGGAAGCCACUGGCCCAAAAGAUUAUAAAGCUGAAAUGGCCAAGACAGAGCUCUAUCCUUGGGAGGCAAGUAAAGGAGAGAAUGGGAAGCCAACCCAGGAGCUCCCCCAGGACAAGCAGAAAACCCCCAAGAAAGCAACCUUUUGGAAAGAACAGAAGCUAGGUGGAGACCGGGAGUCUCUCUGUCCAUGGGAGAGUACAGAUAUUUUGGGUCCCUCAGCAGUCUCAAAUCAGGCCUCAGGAACCCCAGAGUACUCAGGGAGUUUGGGCGGUAGUGUCACUGAGGUGUGUCCAUGGGAGGCAGAAGAUGCCCCUGCUACCAAGAAAGCAGAGAUCUGUCCCUGGGAGCUGGAUGCUGACAUAAUGGGGAAAGAAACGGCGAGUCAGGGGACAGGUGGAGAAUCUCUCCUGGAAAUGGGAAAAGCCUCCAGAAAAGGGAACCCUAGAGAGAUGGAGGAACAAGCUGUGAAAACAGUGCAGAAACUAAGUCAACAGCAGGAGUUGGUCUGUGCCUGGGAGCACACUGUCCCUGGGCACUCCAGCCCAUGUGUAGACAAUUCCUCACCCAAAGCUGAGGGCCAACUCCUAAGCACUGGAGGAAGCAGAGUGACGCAGGGCUGUCCACGGGAAGAUAGCAAACCAGAGGUAAAGGGAACAAUGCCUGCCAAGGCAGAAAUCUGUCCCUGGGAUGUAAAUGACAGGACAGAGGGCUGGACAUCGGGACAGGCUCCAAAAGGAGGUAAAUCUCAAAAGGACCAGGAGAAAAUGCCUGGACAACCAGGAAUCAAAGAAGCAGAUGUCACAGCUUGGGCAGAGCCUGAGGGGCAGACCCCAAAGCAGGAAGCAGUGUGUCCCCAGGAGAGGGUAGGCCCUGGCAAUCUUCCCCUACAGCCAGGCUCUCAAGACACAGAUAGACCCAAAGCCGGUUUCCAGAUAUCAGGCAGUGUGGGAAACAAAACUGCGGAGAUCUGCCCAUGGGAUGUGGCAGAGACCCUGACUGCAGAGAAGGCAAAUAUCUGUCCCUGGGAGGUAAGUCCUAGAGCAGUGCAGGAAAGGGGUUUGGGAGAGGAAGCCAUUAGGAAACUUCCAAGUGAUACCAGAAAGGUUUCCACAGAUUACGGGCCCAGUGAGAGGGCUGUUACUGCUCCAAAAAAGCCAGAGAAGCCAGCUGGAGAGUGGGAGAUGACUUGUCCCUGGGAAGGCCUGGAUCCAGGGGGCUCCUCUCAACAUUCACAUGCUCUGGACUCCGAUACAUCAAAAGCUGGACCCCAGGACCUGGACAGUGUGGGGUGCAGGUCAGCUGAGGUGUGUCCCUGGGAAGUGGAGGAGGUGCCUACCAGUGAAAAGGCUGAGAUCUAUCCCUGGGAAGCAAAUGAAAGAGUGACUGAAAAGGGACUGGAAAAGGAGACAGGGUCCGAGUCAGCAGGGCAGAGGAUGAAAACUCUAGAAAAAGAGAGACUCACCUCCCUGGGAGAAGACAUAUCAAAAUGGGAGGCAAAACUGAGUCAGGAGUGGGAAUCUGUUUGUCCCUGGAAAAACAUGGACUUGUGGCAACCCUCUGCUCAGGCCCCCAAGGUCUCGAGCUUAUCAAGCAGCACGAGCAGCAAAGUGGCAGAGCGACAUUCCUUAGAAGUGAGUGAUGAGGCAGUAGAGCAAGGAGACCUGAAGCAAGACCCAAAAAGAGGCUCCCUUCUGGAACACAUGCUUAUCCGAGAAAAAGCCUCAUGUUCGAAAGCAGAAUUCACUGUUGAAGAUGGGGAAAACACAAGCAAGGAGCUGCAAUCUGUCUAUCUACGGGAGAGCUUGGCCCCAGGGGGCUUUUUCUCCCACCCAGACACUCAGCACACAGACCAAUCGAAAGCCAGCUCCCAGGGACAGGUCAGUGUUGGGGGCAGGAUCACUGAUGUAUGUCCAUGGGAUGCUCCUGACCCAGAUGUUUACAAACCUGACAGCAGCACCAAGGCCAAGAUCUGUCCCUGGGAGGGGAGUGAAGGGAUUCCUGAGAAAGGGGUAUCAAGACAAGAUGGAAAAGGGGAAUCUCAAGAGGAGAAAGGGAAAGCCCUAGAAAAAUCAGAGCCCAAAGAUGUGGCAGUUCAGAAAAUGCCAGAGAAGGCAGACAGGAAGCAGGAGGCUGUGAGUCCUUGUGAGAAUCAAGAAUGUGGAGGCCUGUCUCCACAACCAGCCCCACAAGCUUCUGACAGAAGUGAAGACAGUUCUGAGGCAGCAAGUGGUGUAGGGGCCAGGGUAGCAGACAUGUGUUCAUGGGAAACGGAAGAGGCUCCCUCUGCCGAGAAAGCAGAGAUCUGCCCCUGGGAAAUGAGUAAAGGAGCAGCAGAGAAAGGAGGACUGGUACAGGAGGUACACAGAGACUCAAAAGAGCAAGGAGAGGUGUUCUUUCAAAAGGCAGGGUCUGGAGGGACUGAAGAACACUUUUCAAAAGCAGCAGCAAAACUCAGCAGAGAGCAGGAGACAGUCUGCCCAUGGGAAGGCGCAGAUUCAGGGGGCCUCUUCCCUCAGCCAGAUACUCUGGACACCGACCAACCCAAAGUCAGUCCCCAUGGAGCAAGCAGUCUGGGGAGCAGAGCAGUAGAGCUGUGUCGAUGGGAAGUCACAGAUCCAGAAGGAAACAAAAUAAAGGGCACCAUGGCAGAAAUUUGUCCCUGGGAGGGAACUGGAGCCCCAUCUAAGGAACCUGGGCUGCUGGCUCUAACAGCAACUCAGGCAGAAAUGUUCAUCCCCACAGCCCAUGAGAAAGCAUCAUGCCUUUCAGUCUGUAGACCUCUGGGAAGCUUCCUUCCAGAAAGCAAAAGCCCCCGCCCUCAAGUGAGCAGGCCAAACAGUACUUUUACUCUGGAAGGUGUCAAAGAACCCAAAAGACCUUCAUGGCUGGGACCAGGAACCAGCUUAGCCCCAGAGCCAAGUCUCCAAGAAGCCAAAGCUCAGAAGUCUUUCUCCUUAACUGAAGAACAAGAAACAAUCUCUAAAACUCAAUAUAAAGAACUCACCCUUCCAAAUGUCUAUCCUUGGGACUGGGAGUAACAACUUCAUCAGGUGAGGUCAAACAUAGAGCUAGUUUUCAGGAACCAAGCUCCUUUUCAAGUUCUAAAAGUUCCCAAAGAGUCUAACCAAAAACACUUGGCCACGUGCCCUCCCCAUAAGGCCAGAGGUCAACUCAUUCCAAAACUGAAUUGUACAAGGAGAUAGUGAGCAGCUUGGACCCUAACAGGAAGUC